ACACUUUCGUCUUUAUGCGCAGUUUGUCUCGUCUUUUCUUCGCUGUCCACGGCCGUUGUUCCUCCAUUUCUCCAGGGAGUCUCCCCAAAGUCCGAGAGCUCCCCUCGCACUGAGAAUACACCUCCCGGUUUUUCUUUCUGCGAGGAGAAAGCAGACUUUUCAGGUUGACCGCGUCGCAAAAAUGAGUAAACUCAGUGCGUUCUUCGAGAAGAAGAAGAAAAAGUCUCUCAAAUCUUCCACCCCCGCAGGUCUCGGAGAGAAAUCCAAAAAAGAUGAAGAACCUGUGCUCGUCGAGGAGGACUCCUCGGAGUGGGUGGUGGAUGACCAGCCGGCGAAACCUGCGUCUCCGCAAGAGGACUCACUGGCGACAUGGUUGAAAGUCAGCGUCGUGGACGCAGCGUCUGUGAAGAAAAAGGAGCCUGAGAAGACGUGGAUCGCGUACGGAGACGGAGACGUCGAAGGUCCGGAGAGCGACGGCGAGAGAGGCCAGUCUGCAUGCAGUCCAGAGGACUCGCCGGAGGCUGCGUCGCUCUCGGCAGAGAAGGCUGAGGCGCCUGCCGCCAAGAAGUGGGUUCCCCCGAGUCUGAGAGGAAAACGCGCGACGGGUGGAGGCGCGGGAGCUUGCAUCAACUUCGACGACGACCAGGACUUGGCGACUGCAGCUCAGCUCGGCUUUUAUUCGGGUAAAGGUGUUCAGAAGAAGAAGGCGACUCCGACGCAGGCCGCGAAGGAGACGAAGAAGGAGAAGGAGAAGAAGAGCGGGGAGGGCGAGGAGAAACAGGCGGUCGAAGAACUACCCCCCGUCCCCGAAUUCGACGUCUGGAAGUACGUCCAGAUCGACGGUGGCUCUCUGGGCUCGAAGGCGCCGCAAAACGACGAGGCGGUCCGAGCGAAAUAUCAAAACAGGAAGAGGCUCCCCUCAAGAUCUGCGUAGGCCGAGAGGCGGAAAAAAGUUUGCUAGAAAAGAUGCAAGCGUCGUGUGAGGACUACUGGCCUGGGCUGGAGAGAGAGAGUCGCCGAACCUGCGCGGAGUGAACGGAGAGAGCAGGCAAGAGACAAGAGAGAGACAGAGAGGGAUAUGAGCUCUGGGUGUUCUUUCGAAGGGAGAAAAACAGACAUCUGUCUCCCUGUUUGUGGGGCGCUCGUGGACCGGCACCCUUUUCUCUCUCUCGACGUCUCUCUCUCUCUCGACAACUGUGCUACAACCGCGUCUGCGGUUUCGUUUCUUGGUGGGUUAGUAUGCGUGCGUUUUGCCUGUGGGGAACCGCGAACAACUGUGUCGAUUCUGGGGGGUGAAUUCCACUUUUUUUAGGAUCGAGAGUGUGUGCGAACUCGCGAAAGGGUGUCGGCUUUGUUUUCUUCCGUAUCGCUCCGGUGAAACCGACCCUCUGUGUCUUUUUUCCGACGGACAAAACGUGAGGAAACGCAGCUCCAAAAAAACCUUUUUGUCUGUCUCUCCAAGUGUGAGGGUUUGAUGCCAUCUUCAGGCUCAGAGUGUCUCUGUUGCGGGGACGUCGCAUGCAUCCUCGUUGCUUCUUCUCUGGAGAAGGAACAUAUUUUCGACCGAGCACAAAGAACAUUUGUGUUCGCUCUCGUGUCUCCACGACGUAGACAAAGUCUUUUUCUCUGGAGAACAGAGAGACUUCUCGCUCCCACAGUCGUUCCACGUCUGCCUUCUUCUCUCCCCUCGUAUCCUCGCACAGAUUCCCCCUCUGGCGCACUCCAGUGGAAGCCCCACACACCAAUAUGUAUUUCUCUUGGAUUGUAGCUCUAUAUAUGUAUAUGUGGUAUGCGUGAAGGUACGCAUCUGUGUUUGAUAUAUGAAGAUAUAAGUAUAUUUAUGUAGAUACAUCAAGGUAUAUAUAUGCAAACACUUUUACGUGUAUACAUAUACAUAUAUGUAUAUCUAUGCGUAAGUGUGUAUGUAACAUUCGACAAAGAUGGGGGGAGGCCGACGGCUAGAGAGAACAGGAGGUCGACGGGCAUGUCAACGCUGACCCGUAGCACAGGCCUUUCCUUCGGUCCAACUCAGAGGACUCCAUUUUCUGCAGGAAGUCGAGUUGUUCAGUGUUUCUGACAAGAACUGCUUUUUUUCAGAAUCGCGAAAAACCUUCUCACAUUGUGACGGUGGGCGUUCUCAGAGAGGAAAGAAGAGAAAUGUGGAUUCACACAGGACACAGACCCCGG